GGAGAGAGAAAGAGAGGAGAGAGAGAAAGAGAGGAGAGAGAGAGAGACUGUAAUGCUUUCACACAUCAGAGCUGCUUCUUCUUCUUCUUCCUUCUUCUCUGCUGCUUCGUAAGGAGAAGAUAAGAAGAGUGUUUCAGAGAAACAAAGGAGAAAAGAAAAAGAAAGAGAAAGAUCUAAUGGAGUACGAGAGGAUACACCAAGUGCAGACUGGCAUGAUUUCUCCAAGUAAACUGAGGAUGAAACUCAUGGGGCCCCACCAUCUGAAGAAGAAAGAUGGAUCCAACAGUAACUCCUCAAGAACUUCUCCUUCUAAGCUUGAGGAUUCUGAUUUUGUAAAGAACAGCUUAUUAGCCACUGCAAAUGGAGAUGAGGAAGUUACAGCUCCUUGCCUAGAAGUUCCAUCCAUGAAAUUAUCCGGAACAGCUGCAUUGGAUCGGAGACAAGCAGAGCAGACUUUGAACUCGCAAAAGGAGUCGUUACCAAAAGAAAAUGGUAACAGCACUACUCGGGUAAGACUCCAGCAAAGUUCAAAGGGUGACAGCAGUAGUUCAAGUACAGUUCAUCCUGUGAGAAUUAUGGAAGAUGACUAUCUUGAUUAUGAUAGUAAUGCUAGUUCUUCUAGCUUUGAGUUUCAUAAAGGAGAGAGAUCAGGACACAAUCCCAUUUCAAGGUCAAUCUCAAGACCUAUGCCAUCUAAGUGGAAUGAUGCCGAGAAAUGGAUAAUUAACCGGCAGAAUCUGCAACCUAAUUAUCCCAAAAGGAAUGCUUUGCAGAACCAAACGAAUCGGAUGCCAGUGACAAAUAUGAUGAGGGUUGCUCCAGAAUAUGCUAAUUGUGAUAACAAGUUGUUGUUUAGCCGAGUGGCGGAGACAAAGCGGGUUGAUUUCUGUCAACCUGCAUCGCAGAUUGGGUAUGAUAAGUUCUCGUUUGUUUCUGCCGGGAGUCAAGCUUAUGCGGGGAAUGCAUUGGUUGAUCAAUCUGCUCAAACUAAGGACUUAAACGAAUUUGAGGAUUUAACCAGACCAAAAGGUCAAGCUGAUGAGACUACAGGCAUUCCUGCCAUAAGAUCAGUUUCAAUGAGAGACAUGGGUACUGAAAUGACGCCCGGUACAAGUCUUGAGCCUUCGAGAACUGCAACUCCUGUUGGAGCAACCACGCCACUUCGCAGCCCAACUUCAUCAAUGCCAUCGACUCCUCGAAGAGGUGCACCAGCUUCCACUCCCAUUGAGCCCAGCAACGGUGAGGAAUCACACCUUCCAUCAGACAACAGUAGGAGAGAAUUAUCGGAAGAAGAAUUGAAGCUUAAGACUAGGAGAGAAAUUGUAGCACUCGGAGUUCAGCUUGGCAAGAUGAAUAUUGCUGCUUGGGCAAGUAAAGAUGAUGAGGAGAAGAAGAGAUCUUGUGCUGAAGCAGGUGAUGCUGCAAAGAUUGAGCGUAUUGAAUGCGAAAAGCGUGCUGCUGCCUGGGAAGAAGCUGAAAAAUCUAAACAUACGGCAAGAUAUAAGCGUGAAGAAAUCAAAAUCCAAGCGUGGGAAAGUCAGCAGAAAGUAAAAUUGGAAGCGGAGAUGCGGAGAAUAGAGGCUCAAGUUGAACAAAUGAGAGCGCAGGCACACGCAAAGAUGGUGAAGAAGAUCGCAAUGACAAGGCAAAGAUCAGAAGAGAAACGGGCAGCGGCCGAAGCCAGAAAAAACCGGGACGCAGAAAGAACUGUGGCUCAAGCCGAAUACAUUCGUCAAACAGGAAGAAUGCCUUCAUCUCAGUACAUGUGCUGUGGUUGGUUGUGAUAAACUUGGGAACAAACACAUAAACAAGAAAUACUUCUUACCUACUGCAUAGCCCAAAAUGGCCUCUCAUGUCUUGGUUCAAUAUACUCCUCCAUGACCACCCAGGAAGUUGCUUCACAACAUUGUGUGUAAAAGUUGUUUACGUAUAGUGAAUUUUUGCAGUGGACUAUGUUUUAGUUGAGCAUGAAUUGUUCAUGAACCAUUGUAUAAAUGUUUUCUUCCUUUCAGAAAAGGUAGAAUCUCCAUGGUGUAAAUGGCUGUGUUUGUUUACACUAUUACGUGUACCACCAUAUCAUUAACCACUUGGUACACCAAAGGGUGUGUGUGUUGAGAAAUAGUCCAGAAACAUUCUUAGAUGAAGAGCAGUCUGCAUCAAACUUAA